AUGUCGGACGAUGUCAAGGCACUGUUUCGGCAGAAGCUGGCCAGUUCGCAAAGUAAAUCGUUGGAGGCACUCAAAGCGGCCAAGCGUGCCAAGCUUCAGAAACAAGCGCGCGCUGAUGCGCAGCAGGAUGCUGCCCUACAGCGGAAGCUCGCCGAGAAACAGCGCCGGGAUGCUGCCGCUCGCGCCGUGCAAGCGCAGGCAGAGGCCAGCCGCCCGUCUGUGCGAUAUGUAGCGCCGCCAGAGGGUCGCGAUCACAGCCAGCCAGCCCAACAGCCCGCCACGGGCCGUAUAUCUGACGCCAAGCGAGCUCGAUUGGCCAAGGUUGAAAAGUACAAACGACCCCUAACAACUGCCGCAAGCAAAGAUUCUGCAAGCAAACAAGAGCCCGCGGCGUCGUCGCGGCAAGCACGUGACGCCGCUCCAAACAAAGGCUCCACAGCAGAGAAGGGUAGCGUGCCGGCCGGCUUUUUCGACGAUUCCGUUCAAGAUGCCAAGGUUCGGAAGGCCCCUCUGCCGCACGAGACCAAGGCCGCGGAAUGGGCCGAAUUUGAAAAGGAAAUUGAAAAAGAAGCUGAGACUACCGAGGCCAUCAUCGAGGCCGACACCAAUCAAACCACAAUUCAGCGCACACUCUUCGAGCUCGAGGAGCAAAAAGGCGUCGCCUCUCUGAGGACGGUGCUUAGCUCUCACGAAUGCGUUUCGUUUACUACACGUUUACAUCAUCGUUACAACCUUUAA